GGAGUGACAGAGCGGGGCAGACCAGGCAGCUCCCAGGAGUGGGGGGAAAUCCCCCCCCUCCCCCUUCGCGUUGCCCUUGGAAAGAGAAGAGGUGUGAGGGGGGGCCCUCCCCCCGCCCCCUGGAAGCGAGCGGGUCCUGCCUGGGAUCUUUAGUUAGGAGGAUUUUGUGCAAACCGACCUGGGGGCGGGAGGGGGGGGGUUUCCUUCUGCCUUUGCUCCUGGCGUGUCCGGCCCGGCGAUGGAGCCCCGGGGCUGCGUGUGAAGCCGACUCAGCCGCCGCUGAAGUGGGGCUGGGACUUGUGGGGCGAGCGCUGCAAAGAUUUUUUUGGGAGGGGGGGGUCUCUCUCUUUUUUUUUUCCUCCCCCUCUUUGCACAACCCUGAUGAGUUGCUGAGGGAGGGGAGGGGGCUGAUCUCCCCCCCCCCCACCCACGCGCACACCUACCUCCCCUGCCCACUCCCACCCCGCCUCGCUUGGCAAGUCGAUGGGAGCCCUGGACCCAGCCUCCGGAGCCAGCAGCCCCGCGCUCACCAUGCUGAAUGGGACCCAGAGCCAAAGUUUUGCCAAGGAGCCGCUGGAUCCGCAGGGGCCCAAGGAGCCGGGCGAGCUGAAGAUGGGCUUGCAGGAGCGGUUCUACUUCCCCGACGCCCCGGCUCCGGAGGGCUGCCCGCUGAGCCUGCCCUACAGCGCCCCGACGGUCCCCGGGGGCUUCGGGGUGAGCAGCCCGGCCACCGCCCGGGCGGCCACCGGCCGCUUCCUGAGCCCGGCCCUGAACAGCUGCGCCGCCUACGGACCCCAGCCGCCGCCCGCCGCCGCCCAGCCGGGCAGCCACGGCUUCGCGCUGCCUCCCGGCGAGCUCUACCCGGGCGGCGGCGAGCUCUACCCGAGCCCGGCGGCGGGGGAAGGCUGCUACCCGGGCGCGGUGCAGCACGUGUUCCCCCGGGGCCCGCUCUACCCGCUGCCGGGCUACCAGCUCUCCGGCAAGGUCCAGGUGAUGCUCAACAACUACCCGCUCUGGGCCAAGUUCCACAAACACCAGACCGAGAUGAUCAUCACCAAGCAGGGCAGGCGGAUGUUCCCGUUUCUUAGCUUCAACCUCUCCGGGCUGGACCCCGUGGCUCACUACAGGGUCUGCGUGGACAUCGUCCUGGUGGAUCAGCACCACUGGAGGUACCAAGGCGGGAAGUGGGUCCAGUGCGGCAAGGCCGAGGGGAACAUGCCAGGUAACCGGCUGUACCUCCACCCCGACUCGCCCAACACCGGGGCCCACUGGAUGCGCCAGGAGGUCUCGUUUGGAAAACUCAAGCUCACCAAUAACAAGGGGGCGUCCAAUAACAUCACACAGAUGAUCGUGCUGCAGUCCCUGCACAAGUACCAACCGCGGCUGCACGUGACGGAGGUGAAGGAGGGGGAAGGGGACGAGGCCUACCCCUCCAGCAACACCCAGACCUUCAUCUUCCCGGAGACGCAAUUCAUCGCCGUCACGGCCUACCAGAACGCCGACAUCACUCAGCUGAAAAUUGACCACAACCCCUUUGCCAAGGGCUUCCGGGACAACUUCGACUCGAUGUACACGACGGCAGAGGGCGACCGCGUGACCCCGUCCCCGCCCGACUCCACCACUUGCCAGCAGCUCCUGCCCGGCAGCCGCUUCCCGUCCUUCCUGCAGGAGCAGUACCCGCUUCCCCAGAGCCGCUACUACAAUGGGGAGCCCCUGCAGCCCAAGGAGCCCCCCCGCUGGUACUUCGCCUCCCAGCAGCCCCCCGCCGCCCCCCUGGAUUAUGGCGCCUACGACGGCGCCUACAGCGGGAACAAGUACAUGCCCUUCGGCGUGAAGGCCUUCCCCCUGCCGGCCUCGCCCCACGCCCCGCUGCCCUACUACCAGGAGCCCCACCCCUUCGGCUCGCCGCCCGCCGCCUGGCAGCCCCCCGCCAAGCCCAGCCCCGGGGCGCUCGGCUGGUUCCGGCCCGUGCGGGACGUCAGGCCCCCGCCCGGCGGCGAGGAGAAGGGGAAGGACGCGGAGGGCUGGGCCGAGCCGGCCUCGGUCAAGUCGGUGGACUCCUCGGACUCGGGCCUGUUCGAGGCGGAGUGCAAACGGCGCCGGGUGUCGCCCUAUGCCUCCAGCGCCGAGAGCUCGCCCCCCGCCCGCAACGGGGACCUGUACGACAAGGAGGGGGGCGCCGACCCCGGCUACUACGGCUUCUACGGCAACUGAGGGGGAGCAGGGAGGGAGCGUUUUCCUGGUGCUGGGGGGCUAGAGGUCCCUCACCCCGCCCCCCCAAAUCAUAGCGGCUGUCCCCAGGGAAAGGGGGCGAGGGGGGCGGUCGCUGCAGACAGGCGCAGCAGAGGAGGUGAAGGGGGGGGGGGUGAAGCUUCUCUUAACCCCCCCACAGUUGCACAGUUGGCGGGGGGGACAGGGGCGGGGGCUUAGCGUGUGCCAGGCUGGGCCCCGGCUGGCCCGCGUUCGUGCAUCGGCCCGUGCGCAAACGCCCUCGUGCACACUUUGGUGCUCAUACCCAUGUGCAUUUACACACAGACCCAUGCCCCAGUCAUGCACACGGGCACCCCCCCAUACCCCUGCAGC